CCGCACGCGUCAUCGUCGACUCCGGAAGUUUGCUGUUGUAAGAGCAAGAUUUGUUUUCGGCUCCUACUUGACAGCUCAUUUGCCACCGGGCUGCAGAGGGAAAGUAAAUGAAGCAAAUUGUAAUUUUUAAAGGCGACUUUUUGACAUUUUACAAACUGACUGGGAUGGUAUCAUGGAGGUAGACCCUCAUCAAGACAGAGAGGCACAGGCAGCCAAGGUUUCUGGUCCUCCAGCUGAGAGCGAUCCGCCUGCAGACACCCUGGCCACUUCUCUCUGUCUCUUGGGGAACCACAUGUUUCCCGAUCCAGUGGCGACGAAUGCUUGCACCAGCAUUAACAGCAGCGAGCCUGCCAGUCUGCAGCCGUCUGACGUUUCAGCGGAGGAUCCGGGUCCGGACGCACGGCCUCCUCCUCUGGGAGCAGAGUCGGUGAAUCAGGACUCAGAGUGUCAGAGCGAUGCGCCGACCCACCCGGCUGGGAGAGGGACCGAGGACGCCGGCGGCGCUCAGAGCGACUCUGCCGAGUUUGUUGUUACAAUGCUGGCCAAGGCCAAGCUAGAAGAACAAGGUAUAGGAGUAAAGGGGAGAUCGUCUCCUUUACUGGAGGCAGGGAUCCCUGAGCCUCCUUCGUUUACGUCUCAUCGUGACGAGGAUGUUACAGCUGACAGCUGGCGGCGGCACAGGAAGCAUGUUUUUGUGCUGAGCGAAGCGGGAAAGCCCAUUUAUUCCCGAUAUGGCAGCGAGGAGGCUCUUUCUUCCACGAUGGGCGUCAUGAUGGCGCUGGUGUCUUUUGUCCAAAGUGGAGAUAACAUCAUCCGCUCAGUGUAUUCAGAGGAGCACACGGUGGUGUUCCUACAGAAGGGUCCCCUGGUCCUGGUGUGCGUCUCCAACAGCCGUCAGUCCGAGCAGCAGCUGCGUGGCGAGCUCCUCUACGUGUAUUACCAGAUCGUCAGCAUGCUCACCCAGGCCAGCAUAUCCCGCAUCUUUGAGCACAAGAAAAACUACGACCUGAGGAGGCUCCUGGCCGGCUCGGAGAAGAUCCUGGACGGCCUCCUCAACCUGGUGGACUCGGACCCCAGCUUUCUGCUCGCGGCGGUGCACUGCUUGCCUCUGGCCUCCUCUCUCAGGGACUCCCUCAGCCAAAUCCUGCAAAAAGCCAUCACCCCCAAUCUGGUUUUCUCCAUCCUCAUCGCCAAAAACCAGCUGCUGACCAUCGUCCAGGAGAAGACGGUGAUCGAGGACGCGCGGCUGGCCCCGGCUGACGUCCACCUUCUGCUCAACCUCAUCGGAGCUUCGUCUGCGUUUCAGGCCGGGGAGAUCUGGACUCCCAUCUGCCUGCCGCUCUUUAACCCCGACUGUUACUUUUAUGCGUACAUCUCCUACCUGGACCCCCCGGAAUGCACCGUGUGUCUGCUGCUGCUCUCCACAGACAAGGAGGCGUUUUACGCCGUAGCCGAGUGCAAGAGGAAGAUCGAGGAGGCCAUGGUGGCUCAGAACGCCCUCAGCCUCAUCGCCAAAGCUCAGUCGUACAGCGUCAGCCAGGUCGGCGUCUCGGACCUCAGGCACUUCAUGUACAAACCCUUCGACGUGCCGGACAACCACCGCCAGCUCACUCAGUUCACCAGUCCGGAGAUGGAGGCUCCGUACAGCAGCGAGGAGGAGAAAAUGCGCCUCCUGGAUCUGUAUCGCUACAUGCACAGCCGCAUCCACAGCACCUCACGACCCCUCAAGCUCAUCUACCACGUUGCUGAGAGGGAAACUCUGCUGGCCUGGGUGACCAGCAAAUUUGAGCUCUACACCUGCUUCAGCCCUCUGGUGACCAAGACCUGUGCUAUUACUGCCAUCACUAAGCUUCUGAGAUGGAUCAAGAAGGAGGAGGACCGCCUCUUCAUCAGAUACCCACCCAAGUAUUCGACCACUCCGAACCCCAGCAAGAGCUCAAAAAGCAGCAGAUCAGACCAGCAAGACGCCACAGACAACGGCUUCUUGUCCCUCCUAUAGGACUCUGGUAGCGCCGCUGUAAAAAGAAAAAUGGCCGCCGCCCUCGCUCAACAAUCAUUUUUACACUGACUCGCAGGUGUUUUUUUUUUUUUUUUUCCAAAAUCUGUUUUUUUGAGACCCACUGGACUUGACAUAAACUGGCGAGUAGAAUCGAACACUACGUUUUAGAUAAUUUAACUUAAGCCUCGGGUGUCUCUCUUCCUCUACACGGGAACGGGAGCGUGUCGUUGCAACACGGCUUUCGUUCGGAGACAGCCGGGGCGAAGCGGGACUCGUACGUUUUAGUUUGAACUGUGGUGGAGCAUGAUGGGAAGAAGGAAAAAAAAAAAAGAAUAUUUAAGUGAAAAGGUUUUUAUAUUGUUUUAUUACGGGGAAAAGAGAGGAUUUUUGUCCUCACGGACUGUGAAUGUAUCACCCAGAUGACAGUUCGUUCAUAAGCUACAUCAGUUGUCUUAUUUAAGUUCAUUUAAUAAAAAAAAAAAAAAUAGGUCACUUGUAAGCCUUUGGGGAGCUGGGAGUAUGCAAUAAUUAGUUGUUUUUUUUUCCCUUUUAAAGAUCCACAUAAACUGGAAUAAUGACACUGGAACAGCCACAGAAAAAAAAAGUUUGACUUUCAUGGAUGGUGUUUUAAAACUAAGUGCUGAUUCAGCUGAGAGAGAAGUUACACGAUUUAUUUAUGUUACAUUUUCUGCUGAAACAAAGUAAGCAAUCCCAUCCUGGUCUCCGCUCGGAGUCACAAGCUGCUGAGUUUGUUCACCGUCUCUCGAGGUACGGAGGAAGACUUCACGACACGUUCGUCUGCAGACCGCCUGAAGAGUUCGGCUGUUUUACCUCUUCUGAGCGACUUUCUUCUCGUACAUGAAAUCGUCAUUUUCGGUCAAUUCAAGUCUUAACAAAAUUUGUUUCAUGAAAUAAAUUUCAGAUUGCACAAUU